UAUCUCUGCACAUACUCCAGUUCGGUCUCCAUAUUGGGCUGCACCUUUCAACUUGAAGUGAUUUCAACAAGUUCUGGGCUAGUGAGCGUCUGCAUAGUUGUACUGUGGAUUUAUUACAUUAUAUUUAUUUAAAUUGAUUUCAAUGGCGUUUCAGUGUCAAAGGGACUGUUACAUGCAAGAGUUUGUCACCUCAGUGGUGGCUUGCUCACCUGGUGAAAUGAAACAAGAAAUCAAUGGGAAGAAAGAAACCGUUAAAGGCUUCAAUGUCAAGCUCCAAGACACCAUAUUGUUUCCUGAGGGAGGUGGUCAGCCAGAUGACCACGGGCUGAUUGGAGAUGUGCCGGUGCUGCGGGUGACGAGGCAGGGAGCUGAGGCUGUGCACUUUGUGAGUUCAGCUCUAGAGGUGGGCCAGGAGGUGCAGCUGAAGGUGGACUGGGAGCGGAGGUUUGACCACAUGCAGCAACACUCAGGGCAACAUCUAAUCACAGCUAUUGCAGAAUCCAUGUUUGGGUACAAGACCACAUCCUGGGAGUUGGGGCGUCAGCGCAGCACCAUAGAGCUGGACACUCCCUCCAUGAAGCCUGCCCAGAUGGAGGCCCUCGAGGCAGCAGUCAAUGAGAAGAUACGUGCUCAUGUUCCCGUCGCUGUUCAGGUCCUCUCCUUAAAUGACCCUGCAUUGGAACAGGUGAGGAGUCGAGGUCUCCCGGACGACGCAGCGGGGCCUAUCCGGAUCAUCGACAUCGAGGGKAUUGACGUCAACAUGUGCUGUGGGACCCACGUGUCCAACCUCAGUCACUUACAGGUCAUAAAACUCCUGGGGACUGAGAAAGGAAAGAAGAACAAAACUAAUCUGUUAUUUCUAGUGGGAAACCGGGUCCUGAAGUAUGCUGAGAAAAGCUACAGCACAGAACGCUCACUGGUAUCCCUCCUCAAAACGGGACCAGAUGAUCAUGUUGAUACAGUGGACAAGAUCCAGAAGACUGUUAAGGGGCUACAGAAAAUUAACCUGGGCCUACUGAGAGACAUGGCUGUUCUAAUAGCCCAGAACUUCAAGUGCAACCCAGAGAGGGGCAACUUCUUUACCUUACACAAGAAGGAGGGUGACAACGAGUUCAUGAGUAUCAUAGCCAAUGAAAUAGGCACUGAGGAGACGUUGGUUUUCCUGACUGUUGGAGAGGAGAAAGGACCAGGGCUGUUCCUGCUGGCAGGACCCAGUGGGAAAGUGUCUGAACUGGGACCACGAGUGCUGGAGAUGCUCCAGGGCAAAGGGGCUGGGAAGAACGGGCGCUUCCAGGGCAAAGUAAACAGCAUGGCACGCCGAGGGGAGGUGGAGACCCUAAUACAGGAACACUGCAAGAACGAGCAGUAAUGGAUGACUGGAGUGUAUAUACCAGUGUUAGCAGUGUGGUUAGGUUUUAAAAUCCGAUUUGAUGACUUUGUGGCUGUGCCUGCUAGUGACCACUGCAGAACUCUGCAAAAUACAUCACAAUAAAUUCCAACCUGUGCUUUGCUAAGUAAUGAUACUUCUGACCUCGGUGUACAGUCUAAAUCAAGGAACUGUAUACAUGGAGUGUACAAAACAUUAAGAAGACCUUCCUAAUAUUCAGUUGCACCCCCCCUUUUGC